CGCCCGGGGAGCGGCGACCCUGGCCCCGCGGGGAGGAACGCUGAAGUAAAUGUAACCCCGCUGAGGUUUGUGCUUGCCCAGCAUGUCCAGCCAGCUGACCGAAAGUGUCAUCAAGGGAAUAAUCCGCCAAGUGGGACUGGAGUGCGCUGCCCGGGGACAAACCCUCUCUGAAACCUUGGUGGCGUUCAUGGUGAGAGCUGUUGUUUUAGAUCCAAGAAAUGGCUUUACUAUGGAUCAAAUCCUUACAGAAAAAGAUGUGCAAGAUUUUAUCCAGCUCUGUGUUACCAGACUGCUUGACACAACAAAUCCAUCCCUGAGCACAAUUAAGAUGCAAGUUUACUUCGAUAUGAACUAUGCCAACCGAGAUGAAUUACUCCGUGAGCAGCAGCGCAUUCUGAAAGGAAAACUGGCUCCUGUGGUCAGAGAUAUCACAGAUCGUUGUCCUCAUCUGCAAGAAGAAAUAGAGAAAAUGUACCAAAAUAUUGUUAGCUAUGCACUGCUGAGCUCUGGCCUGGGAUCCCCUACAGAUAUUGAGAAUGUCAGGGAGGUAACAGCUGCCUUGCAGAGUGUAUUCCCCCAGACAGAGAUGACUGCUUUCAUUUCACUCAAUAAGAAGGACAAAGAACAAGAGCUGAAAGAUCUUGCCAUGCUAGUCACAGGAAUUCGGUUGUACAACAAGGAGUGCAUGAAAGGAGGAAGGAGCAUUGAUGACUUGCCAGCCAUUCUGAAUGAAGCCAUUCCAUCAGCUACACAGACUGUCGAUGAAGGUCUUAAUACCUGCCACAUGCUAGCUCACAAGUACACAGCUCUGUUGGAAUCCAUGCAGGAAGACCCCCACAGAUAUAUGCAGCUUAGUUCGUUUAAAUUAAAAGAAGCACUUUUCAAUGUGAGACAGUAUGAGGCCUUCCUUUGCAUCCUUCUGUCUGAUGCAAUUACCAGUGCUCAAGAAGUUGAAACGUUGAGUGUUCAGUUUACAGCAACAAUGAUGCAACUCAAAAACACAGUUCAGGAUAAGAUUUCCAUAGAUUCCAAAGAAGUUUUUCCUCUGUUUCUUGAACUUUCUAAACUCUGGACCGGCUUUCAGGAUGAAAUGCUACUGCUAAGCUUCCUCACAAGUAUGACUAGCAAUCUGCAACAGUUCUUGGAAAUCCACUCACAGCUUUUUCCUGAGGAAGUGCUAACAUCUCUUCUGGAAGGUGUGACCGUGAAAAGUGAUGAGGAAAGGAUAAGAGAAACCAUGGGAAUCAGAGUGAAUGUUUCUGACUUCAAGAACCAAGAAUGGCUUUUUCCAGAGACAACUGAUAAUUUUGAUCAGCUGCUAAUCCAGUACCAUAGUUUCUGUGCACAUGCAAUUGGUGUGAGAGGCCUCAUCCUACCAGGAAAUCCUGCUAUUGGAAUUUUGAAGCACAAGGCGAAAUAUUAUGUUUUCAGUUCCAAAGAAGCUGCAUACAGCUUUGCUCAAGAUCCAGAUAAGUUCAUUCAGUUGAAUGUAGAAAAAGCAAAAGAAUAUGCAGAGCUAAUUCAAUUGCUUGAGCUCCAUCAUCACUUUGAAUACCUUUUUCCACGUGCACAGGCCAGAAUUGCAGACAAAUGUUUGAUGAAACCAACAGCAAAAUGCAACAGUAGUACUCAAACUGAUACUCAUAUCUUGCCUCCAACUAUUGUGAGAUCCUAUGAAUGGAAUGAAUGGGAACUGAGAAGAAAAGCUUUAAAAUUGGCCAAUUUGCGUCGCAAAUUAACUCACUCCAUGCAGACUGAUCUCAGCCAUAUGAAAAGAGAGAACUUCACCCAGGUGUACUUGCUAAAAGAGGUGGGCACCCAGACUAAACGUGACAACUCCAGCAAUGUACCCAGACCACAGAUUUUCUUGAAAGGUCUCCGAGGACAAUCCUCUCCUACUACUCAUAUGGUCAAAGUAGACUUAACAAGAGCAGUAGAUGAAACCUAAGUGGAAAUAAGAAACCUGAAGAGACGUAUUGAAUGUGUAUAUAAAAAUCCCUGAAUAUAUCUGAAUUCAGGUAUUAAAGAUGCUGCUGUGUCUGUUGAUUCCAGGAGCAGUAAUCUUAUCUAUUGUGGCUUCUGACUGGCCUUAGGUGAUAGAAAUGAUAAGCCUGAAGCACACAGAUUUCAAACAGCUAUUUUGGAUCAAGAUGUUCCCAAGGACUUUGACCUAAACUAACAUUUAAAUGUGCAGUGUGUGUUCUGGGAUUUUCUUCAAGAUUUAAUACAACUUUUGGUUGUUGAAACGCUGUUGUUAAGUGAAAUAAGAGAGUCACCCAAUUUGUCACAGCUCUAGCCUUAGAGCAGAAUUGUCAGGAAGGUAAAACGAGCAAAAUAAAACCAGUCUGGGUCCUUGGGCCUGCGCAUUUGUGCUGGUGUUAACCCGACCCAAUGAGUGUAACCCAUUGCAGGGACGUUGAGAAAAGGGAAUCUGUUUUGGAUUACUCUGGCAGCCCUUUGGAUCUCUAGUAAUUUCUGUAUUUGUUGGCUAAACAGUGUGCUGGGAAGCACACUGCAAACCAUAGGAACUUCAGGGCACCUUUUCCAAAGCUCUGUUUUGUUUGUGUUUGAAAAACUAAAGCAAAACAGGAAAAGGUUUUUAGCUUUAUGUAACUGUGUCAGGGAAAUAUGUGCCAGGUCUGAUCAAUGCAACUGGCAGCCAGUAUUUCUGUGUGUGAAAAGCCGCAUCAUUUGAGCUAUAAAAUGAAACAUCUUCUCAAAUGGAAGCAGGGGAUACUUCAAAUCAGAGAUUCUUUUCAUGACAACAAAGAGGUCCACAAGUUGCUAUCUGCAAAAUGUCCGGGUGCACAACUGUGAUUGCAUAGGGUGUGCUAAGGUUUCUAAACCUCCUUUUGUGUGUGUGUGUGUGUGCGCAGUGUGGUGCAGCAUGGUUUCCUGGUCAUUGUUACACAAGCCUGUGACAAUGAAGCUCGAAGAUUCAAGCUGCUGAGUGAUUUUUCUGGGGCAUUGUGCUUCCAAGGUAUCUGGCUUCACUUUUAAAAGUUACACAACUGGGAUAAAUCCACAAAGCAGUAUUAAAAAAAAACAACAAAGGAGCUGGAGGAGAGCACUCAGAAAGAACUUUGCUAAAUUGUUUUUCACUGGGUGAUUUUAUCUUUUGGGAAAAUAAACUGAACAGUAGCAGCCAGAUGUGCUGCUCUUCCAUGUUUUUAAAUUAUGAGCUGGCACCAAUGAUUAGAUUUAUUAAUAAAAACAUGAAUGCAAUUACCACCUGCAGCUUUUUUUUUAAAAAAAAAGAAAGGAAAAAUACCCUAUUGCUGCUUUAUUAAACACUUUCUUUUGCUGUGAUCUCUCUGUAUUUUGACCAUCAUUCACUUUGAAGCUUUUCAGUUACAGGUUUUACCAACAAACUGGUAUUUCAUUUUUUUUAUCUCAGUUAUACAGGCUGCCCAGGGAGAUGGUGGAGUCUCCCUCUCUGGAGACAUUUAAACCCCACAUGGGUGUAUUCCUGUGUCACCCGCUCCAGGUGACCCUUCCUUGGGAGGGGGUUUGGACUGGGUGACCUCCAGAGGUCCCUUCCAACACUAAAGAUUCCGUGA